UUCAAUAAUAACCCCAUUAAUUAAUUAUUUACUGAAUUAAUGUGAGCUCAGUGCAACACAACACAACACCACCAAUCUAUAAACUUGCUUGGCGUUGAACUUCCUUAUUAUCCAAACCAUGUCCAAUUCAAACUCCAAUCCGACCCGAAUACUUCACUCUCAGUCCCAGGAUCCGAAUACUACCACCGCGGACCCUCAUGUUCUGCUUCAGAACCUUUCCCUGGUUCGGACCAGAAUGGAUUCUCUACAACACUUCCUAUCUCAAUCCAUCAACACCAACACUCCCCUCGCCGUCGAUCAAAUCGCCAUGGUCUCCAGCCAGAUCGUCUCCUCCAUCCAUCAAUUGAUCGUCAACGGCUCAGCUCUCGUCUCUUACUCUCAAAAUUCCACCGCCGCCUCCGGAGCACCGGAUCCACCGUUGUAUCCGAAGAAGCCGGAGCCGGAACCUUCAGUCGCCGAUAAAGCGAAGCAAAUACUCGAUUCCAAAUUUGGGCCUCUCGAAGACGACGACGACGACGACGGCGGCGCCGAAGACUUCGACGACGGUAGCGGAAUCGUGGAGCUCGACGCCAUAGAAAUCCUCGCCGAGCACAUGCACUUCUGCGAGAUCUGCGCGAAAGGCUUCCGGCGCGACUCGAACCUCCGCAUGCACAUGCGCGCGCACGGAGAACAGUUCAAGACGGUGGAGGCGCUGGCGAAGCCUUCGGAGACCACUGCGCAGCGGCGCGCGACGCGGUUUUCGUGUCCGUUCGAAGGCUGCAACCGGAACAAGCUCCACCGGCGGUUUCGGCCGCUGAAAUCGGUGAUUUGCGUGAAGAACCACUUCAAGCGGAGCCACUGCCCGAAGAUGUACACGUGCGAGCGGUGCCGCAAGAAGCACUUCUCGGUUCUCUCGGAUUUGAGGAGCCACGCGAAGCACUGCGGAGGAGAGGCCAGGUGGAAGUGCACGUGCGGGACCACGUUCUCGAGAAAGGACAAAUUGUUUGGUCACAUUGCGCUGUUUGAGGGCCACGCGCCUGCUCUCGCGUGUGACGAAGAGGGUAAAGGGAAACAAGUGGUGGAGGAUGACGAAGAUCCGAUGUUGAUGAAUGAAAGUGAAUUUGAAUCGGAUAAUUGCCUUUUGAAUCAAGAAUUGCCGGAAGGGUUCUUUGAUGAUUUUCGGUCCAUUGAUGACUACUGUUUAAAGGAAGUGUUAGGUUUUCAUAGUAAUUGACUUUGCAUAUCUAUUUUUAGGAAAUACUGUAUUCAUAUUAUAUUCUAUUGCUAGAUUUGUAUUUAUGUCUUUAUGUUGUUGAGGGAUUAAAAUUAAACAGUGUUUAUAGGAUGGAAUAAAACGAUUAAUUUCAUUA